CAGGAAGGUUUGCCAACAGGUUCCUCUCCUUCUGCCAGAGCCCACAAGCGGUUUUGUGAGUUGCUCCCCCCAGAGCACCGGAGUGUGGAGGAGUCACUGCAGAUACGAGUGUCCUUGGAGCAGAUCCUCAGCCUUCCAGAGCUCAAGGCCAACCCCUUCAAGGAGCGAAUCUGCAGGGUCUUCUCCACAUCCCCAGCCAGGGACAGCCUGAGUUUCGAGGACUUCCUGGACCUCCUCAGUGUGUUCAGUGACACAGCGACUCCAGACAUCAAGUCCCACUAUGCCUUCCGCAUCUUCGACUUUGAUGAUGAUGGAACCUUGAACCGGGAAGACCUGAGUCACCUCGUGAACUGCCUCACAGGACAGGGUGAGGACACUCGUCUUAGUGCUUCAGAGAUGAAACAGCUCAUUGACAACAUCCUGGAAGAGUCCGACAUUGAUAGGGAUGGCACCAUCAACCUCUCAGAGUUUCAGCACAUCAUCUCCCGUUCACCGGACUUCGCCAGCUCCUUUAAGAUCGUCCUGUGACAGGAGCCAUGGCGUGUGUCCCAGCGAGCACCCCAUCAGAGAGCCUUUCCACUGCUGAGCUGUGGCCGAGGUCAUGCCUGUGUUGCCAGGGCCGGCCAAGCUGGCCUAGCCCAGAGCUGGCACCGUGUGGUCCUGCUCCAGGCAGGGAAGGCCCCUCCAGACCAGGGCCUCUCUCCUUCUGUCAUUGUCAUCGCUCUGUUUGUGUUCUACUGAUCUAUAAUAAAGGUUUAGACGUUUUGA